AUGUCAAUUACUGGUGGUAUUUUCUCAAUCGAUCUCUAUCCACGCACAAGACAUUGUUUGCUGAACCUAGUGACACAACAGUAUCCGUUUGGGCCGCCAGCCCCUCCACAACACGGGGCCAACCCACCCAGCUUUCUUCCGAUGCCAAAGGCGAGCGCAUUGCUUACGCAGUAUGCCAAUAAAUCUAUCUUCCUGAGGUCCAUCGACGACCCCGCGGUUGCCCGCCAGUACACAGAACACAAGGCACAAACAACGGUCGCCCGGUUUGCUCCAUCCGGGUUCUAUGUUGCCAGUGGCGAUACAAGCGGGGUUGUGAGAGUGUGGGAUUGUGUCGGUGAAGGAACGACCAAGGGGGAAUAUAACAUUGUCAGUGGCAGGAUCAAUGACCUCGCAUGGGACGGUGAUUCCCAGCGCAUCAUUGCCGUCGGGGAGGGAAAACAGCGGUUCGGACACUGCAUUAGCUGGGACAGUGGAAACACUGUUGGUGAGAUCACCGGACACACCCAAGCGAUCAAUUCCGUGUCGAUCAAACAGCAGCGACCCAUCCGGGCGGCUGCCGCGGGCGAUGACAAGACGACCGUGUUCUACCAUGGCGCGCCCUUCAAAUUCAACACUGGAAUUCGUGGCAAGCAUACGAACUAUAUCUACGGGGUUGGGUUCAGCCCCGAUGGCUCUAACUUGGUCAGCGUUGGUGGAGACCGUGCUAUCUGGCUGUACGACGGCAAAACGGGUGAAACGAAAGGCAAGAUUGGGGAAGGCGAGCACAAAGGCAGCAUCUUCAGCGUGUCAUGGUCGAAAGAUUCGCGCAAGUUUGCGACGGCUAGUGCAGACAGGACCGUCAAGAUCUGGGACGUUGAAACAGGAAAGGUUGCGCAAAGUUGGUCAUUCGAAGAGGGGGUAGAGAACCAGCAAGUCGGUGUGGUUUGGCCCCACGGCCGAAGCGAUGGCCUUCUCAUCAGUCUCUCGCUUGGGGGGGUUCUCAACUACCUAGUCGAAGGCACCCCGGAACCUAGACAGGCUAUCCAAGGCCAUCAGAAGAAUAUCACUUCAAUGGCUAAACUCAGUACAAGCUCUGGCGAGGAAACAUUAUGGACCGGGAGCUCUGAUGGUCGGAUCCGUAGCUGGGACAUCGGAACAGGUUUUGCAACUGAAAUUAAAGGCGAUCAGCACUCGACCUACAUCGCCGGCUUGGCUGGCACCAAUGAGGACAACGGCCGUCUUUACAGCGCAGCUUGGGAUGACACCAUUCGAUCUGUUGACAUGGAUAAGAAGAUGUACACUGGAACCACUGUCAAGCUCUCCGGUCAACCGAAGGGCGCGGUCGCGAGCGACUCCACAGUCAUAGUUGGGAAUUCAGAGGGUGUCGAACUCUUCCGAGAUGGCCAGAAGAUAGGCGAUUUCAAGUCAAAUGUUCCGGUCACCACUGUUGCCGCUCAGGGAACAGUCGCUGCUAUUGGAGGCGAAGACUCGUCGGUUCAGAUCUGCAAUAUCGGCAACUCAACACUAACCCCAAAGAUAGAGGUAAAGGCAGGCCGUAGCCCGGUAUCUGCUUUGGCGUUCUCACCAGAUGGCUCCUUGAUCGCUGCUGGUGAAGCACGAGGCCGAAUCCUUGUUUUUAAGGUUUCUGACGGCAGUCUGGUCACUGACCGUUGGACGGCACACACUUCUCGAAUCACUUCUCUCGUUUGGAACGACAAGGGCACCCAUGUCGCUAGCGGAGCUCUGGACACCCAUAUCUUCGUUUGGAGCUUGGCGAACCCAGGAGAAUGGAUUAAAAUGGCCAAUGCUCACAAGGAGGGGGUGAAUGGGGUGGCUUGGAUUGCUCAAGGAUCUAAGAUCGCGUCGGCUGGUGCCGAUGCUGCUCUCCAUCCAGCUACCUUCGUCCUACCGAGAACCGGACAACGUCUUAAAGGGCUCGUAAAUCUUCAGGGUCACAACGAGGCCAACAAUGGCUCUACAGUCGGUGAGCGGCAGCCGCUGCUUCCACGAGAAGGCCCAGACGAGCAUAAAGGCCUUUGCACAAGGAUAGCCGGGAAGAUUGCAAGUCUAUAUCAUCAACUGCUUGGAUUUAUGACGUCGGAGCUAGGGAUCGGAAUCUUGAAAUGCAGCCUGGCAUAUCUGCUUGGUUCUCUCGCUACUUUCAUUCCGGUCAUUGCGUCUUUUCUCGGGCAUCAAGAUGGCAAGCAUGUGGUUGCUACCAUCACGGUCUAUUUUCAUCCGGCGAGGACCCGAGGGAGCAUGUUCAAGGCUUCGAUAUGUGCCUUUCUGGCCUUUCUCUAUGCCGCCUUCAUCUCAGUUACGAGCAUGUGCAUAACCAUGUUCUUUCAAGACCAGCUCAACCUCCUUUUACUCGGCCAUGUUCUAGUGCUCAUAGUAUUUGUCGGAGGGGGUUUUGGGUUCAUGGGGUGGACAAAGCAGCGGUUGGGAGACCCGCUCGUCAACGUCGCCUGCUCGCUAGCCUCUUUGGCUUCAGUCACCGUCCUGACGAAAGAGGGCGCGGUACAAAAUGGAGAGAUAUCGUUUGCAAAAAUUUCGCAGGUCCUCAAGAUGGUCAUCAUGGGUGUCAGUGCGUCCAUGGCUGUCUCAUUCCUGGUCUUCCCCAUCUCGGCACGAAAGAAGCUCAGAGCUAACAUAGUCAAUGUGACUGGGACCCUGGCGAUCAUGCUGGCGAUUAUUACGGAUAGCUUCCUCAGUGGUACUGAAGAAGAACUUCGUUCAGAGCGUUUUAUAGAAGCCUCUAAGCGCCACAAAAAGGCGUACUCACAGCUUGAUAAACUGGUCAAGGAAGCAAAGCUUGAGCACUUCUUCGCUGGGACCGAGAGAGAGUACAGACUAGAGAAGAAUUUGGUCCGGUGGGUACAAGACAUUACUCACAACAUGGGUGGUCUGCGUAGUGCAGCUGCUCUCCAAUUCCAACUGCUGAAGCAGACCGAACACCCUCAACCAGCUCAGAUGCCUGACCAGAGGAUCCAGCCUCCCAGGUUUGCAUCAGCAGCGACUUUCUGGUCCUUUCAUGAAACACCCAUGUUACUCACACCGAUUGAUGAAAUCCCGGAAGAAGAAACACUGGCCACCUCUAAGGACCCUUUACCUGGGGAGGCAACAAAAGAUGGUGAUGCGGGUCUUGCCCAAAGCUACCAUCCGGCCGAUAUAUUUGAAGUAUUUAUAAGUCACUUAGGGCCAUCUAUGCGCUCAUUUGCAUUCACAAUGAAGGAAAUAUUCCAGGAAAUUCCAUUCGGGCCAUCUCCAGAUUACAAGGUUUCAGUCAAUAGCAAGUUUCAGAACAGUCUCGAAACUGCGCUUUUGCUUUAUUGCGAGUCUCGGAACGAGGCUUUGGCUUCUCUAUACCGACAAAAGGAGGUUAUGAAGGUCCAGAGUUCGGAAGCAGAAGCAGAUCUGGAAGAGGUCUCUGCAAGUUGUGGACAUUUCAGCUUCUCACUUCUCGAAAUAGGUGAACAACUAAAAGACUUACUCGCCAUAUUGGAUGAACUGCAGCUCGAAGUUGAUGAGAGACCCAGAGGAAGAUCAUGGAGCUGGCUUAUGUUCUGGAAAUCAAGAGAUGUUGGGGUAUCUGAUAAAAGCGUUGUAAACUUUGGUGAGAAGCAUCUUCCCCCAUAUACUCUAAGUAUUUACAUCACUGAACCAGGAAUAGAUCAUUUAUCCACAACCUUUGCAAUUGGAAGCCAUAAAUACUCAAUGGCCGACUCUGAUCCAUCUCACUUGGAGAACCAGCGAACUCUGCCUUCUGCUGAAGAACCAGAAGAUUUUCGAGGAAAAAAGAGGAUCGGUUAUCGCAUCUGGAAAGCCCUUGAAUUUUUUCGCCGAGAUGACACCAAGUUUGCAAUCAAGGUUGGAGCUGGAGCAGCAAUCUAUGCUUUACCCUCAUUUCUCUCUGAGUUCCGGCCAUUCUAUGCUCGCUGGCGCGGAGAAUGGGGUCUCGUAUCCUAUAUGUUGGUUUGUUCGAUGACUAUCGGUGCCUCAAACACCACGGGGUAUGCUCGAUUCCUUGGUACAUGUCUCGGAGCAGUCUGCGCAAUAGCGGCAUGGUACAUGGCAGCUGGCAAUGCAGCUGUCCUUGCCUUCUGUGGGUUUUUAAUGGCAAUUUGGACGUUCCAUCUCAAUCUUGCGAAAGGCCAGGGGCCGAUGGGACGAUUCAUUAUGCUCACAUACAACUUGUCCGUUUUAUAUGCCUACUCCCUUUCUCAGAAAGAGGCCAAUGGCGAUGAGGAUGAAGGGGGCGAAAAUCCCGUCAUUACUGAAAUCGUGCUCCACAGAGUUGUUGCGGUCUUAUCUGGGUGCAUCUGGGGCGUCAUCAUCACGCGUGUAAUAUGGCCUAUCAGUGCUCGCGAGAAGCUUAAAAACGGGUUGAGCUUGGUCUGGUUGCGGAUGAGCCUGACAUGGAAGCGCGAUCCAUUGUCGCUCAUGGCACAAGAGGGAACUACAAAACUGUUGAUGACUCCAAGAGAGAAACUCGAACUUGAACGCUUCUUGUCUCAUCUCGAGUCUCUUCAUGGCGCCGCUUCCUCUGAGUUCGAGCUGAAAGGCCCAUUUCCCGAUACCACAUACAGCAGCAUCAUUCGCCGUACAAGAAGCAUGGUCGAUGCUUUCCACGCGAUGAAUCUGGAGCUCAUGAACAACCUGACAGCUUCUGAGGGAGAGCUUUCAAUGCUUCGGUAUACCGCCAAGGAGAGACUGCAUUUAUCGGCACGCAUCAGCCACCUCUUAACUGUCCUUGCAUCAUCGAUGAAACUCGAAUAUCCUCUAAGUGAUGUUCUACCAAGCAUAGACCAUGCCAGAGACCGUUUGCUGGCGCGCAUUUUCCAUUAUCGCAGAGACCUAACCGUUUGUCAAUCGACCACAGACGAGGAUUAUGCCUUGCUAUAUGCCUACAGUAACGAGACUGCCACAAUGCAAAUCGAUCCGGCAGCUCUGAACCGGACAGACUCGGCUGCGAAUGCAGUACCGACUUCCAAGAGCUCUUCUACAACCGUAUCCGUGCCACAGAAACUGACCAAGGCGUUGUUAUCAGUCCCGCGACUGGAGCUGGAGCCUAUCUACACGGAGCUGAAAGCUGCAAUCGGCGACAACUGGGCGGAAUACAAGCAAGCUACGAGUCUGUUCCUCUUAGGACAUCUAAAUCAGAAUGAGCUCUCCGCGCGCGUGGACCAUAUCAUAUGCGUCGAUUCCAAGACCGAACAUCUACAUAACAAUUUCAUUUGCGCGAUUAUAGGGAAUCUAUCCCGAGACCUCCCUGAUCAUGGCGUUGCAAGCUGGGUGUCAGCGAACGACAAGCCGUCGGUCGUGUCGAAACCCGUAUCCGGCGAUGUUGCGGAGCAGAGAUUGAAGACGGAGGUAAUGCAGCUGCCGCCAAGGGACCGUCGCAGGAUAAAGGGAAUUCCAGAGCGUGAUCCAAGUGAGACUGUGCGGCACGAACUGGAAGAAUAUCAUCUGGCGAAACAGAUAAAGCUUCCUAGCCAGGUCCCAGCAAGUGCCGGUGGCUUAAAUAAAACAAAUUGGGAACUUGAAAUCCGAAAGCGUUACGCGCAACCGCUAGCAGCAGAGACGGGUGAAUUCCCCGAUGCAGAGUCAAUACAUACACGCAUGGUUCCUAUAUGCUACGAAGAGUCGAUCGUCAGCGGUGCUGGACUCCCCUGCGCCGAGUUUAUGGCCAUCGCAACAGAGACGUUUGUAAAGGAGGUCCUUUCUGUUGUGUUUUCGCGGACGAGACUUAAUGGUCCAUCCGGCACCAUCAACGGUAUGAUGACCCUCAAAUACCGACAACAGCUUGAACGAGAAGAGCUGGCAUUCACCCGUGGCGAUAUUUCCAAGGACAGCGCAACUGGUCUACUCCCUGUCGAGGCCAAAGAAGCAAGCUAUAGGAAACCAUUGGGCGUCAGAGAUCUCCGUUUGGCUUUGGAGCUUGGCACCGGGGUGCUCGGUCACAUGCCGCUCAUUAUCGACCAGAUCAUGGGUGGUUCUGUGGAAGAGGAUUUCGACAUGAGCCCACGACGAGAGAAAGCGAUAGACGAGUUGGCGGAGGUACACCGCGAUGAACCCAAAUCACUCACCUUCCGCGACGAGAUGGAUAUCGACGAUGUCGAUGCGUCAUCGGACUGGGAAUAUGAAGCCGCAGCAAACAGAGAACAGCUGGAAACCUUGCUUGAUGAGUGUCUGUCCAUGGCAUCGUAA